GUUGGGAGGGCGAUGCACACCAUGGUUAGUUCACAACUAUGGUGUCCACGAUGACUCAUCACCGAAAGUGACUUCGAUCGACUCCUUCGAUUCCUGCUCGUCCCAUAUACAGCCCAUGCUUCAAUUUCCCUCGAUCUACUUUCGCUCACCGUCGGGGUCACCUUUCCCACGAAUCAUCCGAACUCCCUCAAUCUGCCACAGAUCCGUGGUCAGUGGCCGCAAAUUCGCGCAACCAUGGCGUCGGUUCGCUGGCAAAUUCUCGUUGCGCUCGCCUUUCUUUUCAUCGGGCAGACCGCCGCUGCCGGGCUGAUUCCGGGCUUUCCGAUCCCGAUCCCCGUGGGGACGGGCGUGUGCACGUGGAGCCAGUUCGUCGGCGACAUGAAGACGCUUCAACGAAAUUUGGCGAAAAAUCCCUUGCGUUACGGCGGGAUGGCCCUCGCGCUGAAGCAAGGAAUAAAGAAAAUGGAGAAGAACUCUGCUAGCGAACUCCUUCCAGCGGUUACCAUUCUCGUCCCAACCAAUCGCGCGCUUCUCGCCGCGAGCCUCAACCCGGCUUUUCUGAUCGACCUCAUUCGGAACAAAAAGAAGGUCCAAGGUAUAGCCAAGGUCAACGUGCUCGUCGGCGAAUACGACUACAAUACGUUGAAGUCUACACCCAAGGGCCAGGGCAUUCAAACGGCGGAUUCCAAAAAGAAGGUCGCGAGAUAUAAGGGCCAGGACAGCCCGUUUACAAAGGGAACGGGAUUGACGCUGGGCGUGGUCGGGGCGAAGGGACGAGCGGAAGUUAUGAAUAAGGAUCUGUUUACUGGUAAUUGCGUCGUCGCGCAGGGAAUUAGCAGACUGCUGCAGCCGUAAAAGCAGGCGAUUCUUGGGGCAGAAAUAGGAGCUGCGGAAGGGAUAGACUCUAGGGCGAGGUUGGCGGCGAGAAGAAGGAUCACAUCAUGCAGCAGACUGGUUCCCUCCAAACCUCAACGGUCGUGGGAGGACUCGAUACAGGGACAGUUUUCCACUGUAGUGCCAAAUCUACAAAUCUGUAGUACCAAUCCUACGAAAGACAGAACUAGCAUGUCUUGUAUGUAUAUCUAAAGUUGUAUCCAUAAGUAACACCACCUUGUGGAAGGUUAUUUGUGCU